AUGUCAAAACAACUAAAGAUCUCAAGAUGUUAUGUUCAAAAUGCGAUCAAAAAGUAUGAAGAGCUAGGUCGAUAUGGUGAUCUGAAACACACCGGACGUCCAAAAAUACUUUCUGAUCGUGAAGUUCGGCAUUUGAAAAAAUUGGUCAAAGGGGAUUCCCGCCUCAGCGCUGCGAAAAUAGCAUCGGACUUGAACAGCAGCUUACCAAAACCGGUUACAAUACGAACAGUACGCCGAUAUUUGAAAGAUCUUGGCUUUGACAAAAAUAUGUCUACAGCAAUAUCUACAUCAGUAUUAUGUACUACUAAACAAAAACUUCGUCUUGAACUCCAAGGUUUUUCGUACAUAAAAGAUCGAUUUACUGAAAAUAAAACAUAUUGGCGUUGUAUAUAUUAUAAUUCUCAAAAAUGUCAUGCUCGUCUUCAUACAUGUAAUGUUACCAAUAAUGUUAUAACUCCACCUUCUGAUCAUACAUGCAAAAGUAAUGGUAUUACAGGUGAACUUCGAAAGUUUAAUGAAGAUCUUUGGUAUCGUACAAUGAAUACACAGGAAAUACCUGAUUUAAUUAUAACAUAUUGUUGUAUCGGAAUGUCGGAUGAAGCAUUAGCUCGUUUUCUUGUUGAUGGUACAUUUAAAGUUGUUCCUGAGAUUUUUUAUCAAUUAUAUGUUGUACAUGCCAUCUAUCAUGGACAUGUUGUACCAGUUGUCUAUUCAUUACUCAGUCGUAAAAAUAGUGAUACAUAUCAAUGUCUUAUAAAUGAAAUAGUAGAAUUUGCUCCAUGCUGGUUCCCUGCUUCUAUUUUACUUGAUUUCGAAAAGGCAUAUCUUGAUGAUGAUUACCAAGAUAUUUUAAAUUAUUUUGAAGAUACAUAUAUAGGACGACUUCGCCCUAAUAAUACACGAUGUCAACCAACAUUUAGUAUUGAAUUGUGGAAUAUGCAUACAAGAACAACACAAUUAUCGAUGCGUACAAAUAAUUCUGUGGAAGCAUGGCAUCAUCGUAUAGGAUGUGUAUUUCAAUGCGCACAUCCUACGCUUGGAUCAUUUUUACAAAAAUUAAUUCGGAGAGAGAGAGAGAGAGAGAGAUUAGGAUAG